AUGCCUCUCCCAUGGAAAAAGAAUAGCAAGAAGGCGCCCGUACCUGAUGAAGCCCCCACACUCCCGCCUCUCUUGCCUUCCUCAACUUCGUUGGAUGAGGUUAGGAAAGCUAUGGAUGAAGUUGUGGCGCGGCGAGCUUCCGACGAAGCCAAAGAAGAAAAACUAGCUGCAAAAGGGGUCGAACUGCUUGGCGCAGGUGCUUUUCUUUUCGAAGGGAGGGUGUACCGUGAGCUGUCGAAAGGGCGGUGGGAUGCAACAGAAGCCACAACAGCUGAAAUAGCUGCUCUAAGGGCAGCAAAGCAAGAAAACACAGCUACUCCCAUGGACCCACUCUCUGCCGGGCAGCUGAUGCCUGCACGGGAGGAAAAAGGCUUCGCGAAGCUCAAGACUCUUUUUUCAAAGAGCUCGAAAGGUUCCAAUCCUCGUGGAAUGAGAGGGGGGGACUAUGAAGGGGAAAGAUAUUAG